AUGGACGAAAACAGGGGCCACCAAGGCGCUUCCACCACUCCGCCACCCAGCGCCCCAGACCUUCCCUCCCUGCACGCCAGACCAAGUGUCCCGUGUGCUACCUUCAGGAUCCAAACACCAGAAGAACUUACUGAACAGCUGAACUCCUCUCCAAGCGGUGUUCUACCCGCAUCACCGAAGCUCACUGCGUUAAGUCCUCCACCAGGGUCCUACAGGUUCUCUACGGCAAGACCACCGCAAGGACAUUCUGAUCCCAACACAGCCAGAACACCGCCUGGCUUCUCAGAGGUCUCGCCGCCUGUGACCUCUUAUGCUCGUCACCAGACACCACAGAGGAAAGGUGUCCCUCGCCAGUGUACUGAAGGUGAAGGCAAAAUUGAGGAAAAUGAGCCAGUCAUUAGCCAGAAGCGUCACGCUGGAGAAAACCCUCACGCUUCUCGCCGCUACACUCUGCCCACCGUUCGCAGUAGGAAGGUGACCCCCUGCAGUGGCAAGGAACUUAAAGGCGAACACCGCAGGACUCAGCCACUCAUGACUAAAUUCGAUAUAUGGAUGACCCUCCAAGCUCGCCUGAAGCAGCUCUGGCAAGGUCAUCCGCAUCACCCGGACUGCCCGCCCCGCAUCACCAGACUCACCAAGGUCUCAGAGUGGGAACUGUUCACCGGCAAACUUGAGGGAGAGAUUCUUCGCAAACAUCCCAACGAGUAG